UGAGAUCGACACUACUGAAAGCAGUGGCGAGUGUGGGCUUUGUCUCAAACUUGGUGCUUGGCUGAGGCCUGCUGUUGGCUGCGUCCGGUGGUUAAACCAGCCUGUGAGGACUCCUUACUUAAACCAAGUGAUUUCCAUUCCAACUGAGGCUGCAUCUUGCCACAGCAAACAAUUCACCAUCUCAACUCCAGCCUUCUGUUUCAUCUCUAGAAGAUCUGUGUCAAAGAAUAGAGUAUUCUUCAAAGAUGUUCGCUAGUUUUUCGAAUAAGGUGCUUCUGGCGCUUGGUCUGCUUGCAGCCGGCACGCAAGCUGCAACGAUUCGCUUAGAUCCUCGUGGAAGCUCCUUCAAUUAUGGAGGUGAAAAAGUUCGCGGUGUCAACCUUGGUGGAUGGCUUGUGCUUGAGCCUUGGAUUACCCCUUCAAUUUUUGAUGAGGCCGGUGACGGAGCUGUGGACGAAUGGACACUGACCCAGAUCCUGGGUAAGGAUGAAGCCAAAGCUCGUUUGUCCGCUCACUGGGACUCCUUUAUUUCUCAAGACGAUUUCAAUCAAAUGGCUGCAGCUGGACUGAACCACGUUCGGAUUCCCAUCGGUUAUUGGGCACUUGGGCCCCUCGAGGGAGACCCUUAUGUUGAUGGUCAGCUGGAGUACCUUGACAGAGCGAUAGACUGGGCCAAAGAGGCUGGUAUUAAGGUCUUGGUUGACUUACAUGGUGCUCCGGGAUCCCAGAAUGGAUUCGACAACAGCGGUCGCAGAGGGUCCAUCCAGUGGCAACAGGGGGACACAAUCGAGCACACACUUGAUGCUUUCGACCGCUUGGCCGAACGGUAUGUUGACUCCGACACCGUGGCUGCCAUCGAAGCCAUCAAUGAGCCCAAUGUCCCCGGUGGUUUGGACCAGGGCAAGCUGAAGGAGUACUACGGUACCACUUAUGGAAUCGUCAAUAAAUACAGCCCUGGCACAUCUAUCGUAUAUGGAGAUGGCUUCCUGCCCGUGGAAAGCUGGAACGGCUACAAGACAGAGGGCAGCAAGGUUGUGAUGGACACGCACCAUUACCAUAUGUUCGACACCGGACUACUCGCCAUGGAUAUUGACAGCCAUAUCAAUGCCGUCUGCCAAUUCGGUCACCAGCACCUGGAAGCAUCCGACAAGCCCGUUAUCGUGGGUGAGUGGACCGGUGCAUUGACAGACUGUGCUAAAUACCUCAACGGUAAAGGUAAAGGCGUUCGUUAUGAUGGUACAUUCCCUUCUGAUAAGAUUGGCGAUUGCGCCAACAAGGCUACCGGCUCUGUAGCCGAUCUCCCUGAGGGAGAGCGGGCAGAUAUGCGCCGCUUCAUUGAAGCCCAGCUGAGCGCCUUUGAGCUUAAGUCCGGCUGGGUGUUCUGGACUUGGAAGACCGAGGGCGCUCCUGGAUGGGAUUUGGGUGAUUUGCUUGAUGCUGGUGUUUUCCCGGCGUCUCCUGAUGACAGACAGUUCCCUAACCCAUGCUAGGCCUAGACACUCAUUACCUUUACUCUAUUUUUAUAUUGUUAUUUUUUUUUCCCUUGACUCACUCUUUAUCGCUUUUUUAUCCUUUCUUGACAUCGUUACGAGCAGUAGAGUAUCUAAUUUGACUUCCUUUGGAUUAU